AGAUGCAGGACUCCUAAACAGAAAUGUUACUCGGAUCCCUGAUGCCAUGUCGGAGAAGGUAUGCAAAGUUGCUCGCCGUUGUCAACGUUUGUUUCACAAAAAUUACAAUUUCAUAGAAGAAAGUGUAUGUGCUUCGAGUGAUGGAUUUGUUCCUGGCCUCGCUGGAAAUAGCGAAAGCACGAAUUCUGAUUCUAGUAAUGAUGAUCUUGGAUUUGAAAACGAAAGUUCUGAGUCAGGUGGUCCUCCUAGCCCUUUCCCCAACUUGAAUGCAGCUCGUGUCCCUUUAGGGAGAGAAGCCAUGAGAGGAAAUGACUUUUCUAACACCGUUUUUAUUGACGAUAGCUCACCUAAUGAUGACAAUAUAUCAGCUGCCCGUAAUGAUUUUUUGCCACCAGGUUGCAAAGAAACUACUCGCGGUAACGGAGAAAAGUUUAUUCAAUCAACCUUUCCAAUUGGAUCUUCGUUCAAUUUACAUGUACUUUCUGACCACGGUCUGCUGGGUAGUGGGUCAACUAGCCCAAAAUUGGCUAGUGACUAGUGAGAAUGCCAGAGUGCGUCGGCCUUCUUCAAUUCCGGUACCGGAUGUUGACGAUGGAAUGGAGCGUCGGCCUCCUUCAAUCCCGGUACCUGAUGUUGAUGGUGUAAACUGUCCAUCUUCUUCUCGAACUCCUGCCCUACCAGUGAAAGAGCCUGACUACAAAUCUUUGCAGAACGCCGUGACGUAACACUAUACUCAGGUAAGGUCAAAUUGAUACUUGUGUAUUCCGCUAAAUAGUAACUUGUAGACCUGAUCAGCUUAGCUCAGAUAUACUUGAUUUAAAUUUUUUUAUCAAACACCCCCAAUGUCCAGUGAGAAAU